AAGAAAAGGACUGUGAGGGGCGGGGUUUCGUUGGAGGCAAAAACUAGCGAUCGUUGAAUGCAGUUAAAACCAAGAUUGCAAAAAAUAAACUCAUGGGCAUAAAAGUGUGAAAAGAACAGGAAUACCAAGGAGAGCAACAAUGGAUGCAGGUGAAGACCAAAACACGGGCACCACCAAUGGAAAUCCACAGACAACCGGGAACUCUCGUGCGCCCCAGAUAGCCCACAUGUCUCUAUAUGAGAGGCAGGCUGUGCAGGCUCUCCAAGCACUGCAAAGACAGCCAAAUGCAGCUCAGUACUUCCAGCAGCUCAUGCUGCAGCAGCAGAUUAACAGUGCCCAACUCCACAACUUGGCUGCCGUGCAACAGGCGACACUUGCAGCGAGUCGUCAGUCCAACACCCCAAGUAACAGCAUGUCGCAGGCAAACACCACUGUCAACCUAAGUACCACAUCUACAGGAGGAAACGUGACUAAUCCCCGUCCCCACGGCCCGGCCACUUCCGCAACAACAACAACGACAACAACUCUCAACCAGUCAGUGCUGCUGGGUGGAAACUCAGGUCAAGGACAGAUGUAUCUGAGGGUCAACCGCUCUCUCAGGGCUCCUCUCGCCUCUCAGCUCAUCUUCAUGCCUGGUGGUACUGCGACAGCUACUGUAGCCACAGUUGCCCAGACACAGCCCCAGCAACAACAACAACAACAACAACAACAACAGCAGCAGCAGCAUGAAGUUGCUCCUGCCCAGUCGGACAAUGACCAGGUGCAGAAUCUGGCCCUACACUGCGCCUCCACUCACAGAGGAGUUGCUGUCAAGUGUGAGCUUCCGGAGAGGAAAGAUGUAGCUUUCAGUCAGCAGCAGCAGACUUUUGCCCAGACAGUUCAGCUGCAGCAAGUGCAACCACAACAUCAGCAACACAUGGCCAAAACCAACUUUGCUCAGCAGACCACUGCUAUGCAUUUAAAGGCCGGUACUCCUGCUGCUUCUGUGGCUCCUUCCUCCACCUCCUCCCAAGCACUCCCUCUCUCCCAACUCCUCCUGUCCUCUUCUGCCACCCCCAUGAUGCUGGUGCCCACCUCAAAUGUUCCUACCACCACCCAGGGUUACUCCAUUGGCACAGUAACCCAGAAAGCCAACAUUAACACGCAGACUCUGGUGGUGCAGCCCUUACAGCAGGCCUGCACUCCUGCAGAAAAAGGACCAGUGCCAAUCCAGCCCAAGACCGUUCAGGGACAUCGCUUACCUGUGCAGAUGUCUCCUCGACACCCACCUCACAUCCUCCCAGCACCACCUCACAACAGUCACAACCCUCCACACAUCCCCGUGCAGCUCGUGGGAGCCAGGCAGGGCUUAGCAGGAAACGCCCAGGCUGUGGCCCUGGCACAGGCCCGAUGCAGCAUGGCCCAGGAGAGUACGGCUGCUGGGAAUGUCAACAACAGCACUAUGAUAAAGCCUGCGAUUGGCUCUUUGAAGAGAAAAUCUGACUGUGAUGCAUCAAAUGACAUGGCGACAGAAUCUUUUAACUCUGCACCCAUGAAAGAUGCUGCUCCUCCGUUAUCCCCUGGCCCAACAAAGGACUCGGCUCCUCCUGCAGCAGCUGCCUUCUCAUGUCCUCCCACCCUGUCCUUGCCUCUGCCCUUGUCAAGAGUCGGGCAUGGGGACAAAGACAGAGCUGUUCCCCAAGCUGUGGUCAAACCUCAAGUCCUCACCCACCUCAUCGAGGGCUUUGUCAUCCAGGAGGGAGCUGAGCCCUUCCCAGUUGCUGGACUUCUCAAAGACAGAGAUUUUGCCCUGGUUGGUCGCUCAGAGAAUGGACCUCCAUUGUUAAAGUGUGAGUACUGUGGAAGCCUCGCCCCAGCCAGCCAGUUCAAAGGAUCAAAGAGGUUCUGUUCAAAUACUUGUGCAAAGAGGUAUAAUGUGAGCUGCAGCCAACACUUCAAGACAAGCAGAGGGAGGAGUGGUGGAGGACUGCCUCCACCUCCCCCCCCAUCUGAGAGCGCUUCGAGGAGAAGGGGCCCGCCGCGCAGGAGUAGCUCUAAUAUCAACUGUGAUCAAUUAUCAAGCAGGCAUCUACCUGUUAAGUUUCACUCGGAGUCCAGUCGCUCGGAGGACGUGUCCAGCGACGGGGAAGAGGAGGAAGACGAUUCUCUUUCGCUGUCCCCAAGCUCCUCACACUCCUGCUCUCGAGCCGAGCGCAGCGCUCCUCCGUCUGACAGCUCGGCUCCUGGUAGCCUCCCACUAGAGGAGGCUAACUUCCUCUCUGCGACUCCUGGGCAGUGGAGUGUGGAGGAAGUCUGCAGGUUUAUCUCUUCACUUCAAGGCUGUGAAGAGUUGGCCGCACACUUUCUAUCACAGGAAAUAGACGGGCAGGCUCUGAUGCUGCUGCGAGAGGACCAUCUCAUCUCCACCAUGAAUAUUAAGCUCGGCCCCGCUCUCAAGAUCUGUGCAUCCAUCAACACCCUGCGUGAGUGAUGCAGGGACUUCUUCAGAGGGACACCAGGAUUCCUCAUUCAUGACUUGUCCCUAGAAUAAAUACCUGGAACUCUUUUAGUAAAAGUUCAAAAGAUUAAGAUCCAUGGGGACAGUGAGGAUUUGUUUAACAAAACAACGGUGCACCAUCAGUCAUGUGGAGACAUGGGAUGGAUAGUUUACUUUACGGACCUUGAAUGUGCAAAAACAUGUUUUAUGUAUUAUGUUAUGUGUGAGUGGUGAGCAUGGACAGUUUUGGGUAUCUAUGUGAGUCAUGUUUGUCAGUUCUUUGUUUUGUUCUGUCACCGUGAGUAGUCUUUUGUAUGUAUACUCUUAUGAAACUGCCAUGUGAUAAUUGGUGCUAGGUCAACUAACUAGGACAACAUCUGCUGGUUUCUAAAAGAAAAGAAACGUUGCCUUCUGGAUGUAUUUCAAACGGUGCUUUAACUUUAGCGAUAUGAUAUAUAUAUAUAUAUAUAUAUGUCCUUUUAGUAGUUAUUUGUUUAUUUACUGUAAUUGUUCAAUCCAGGCUCCGAUCCCACUGAGCAAAGGACACUCAUAAAGCCUGGGUGUAUAAUUAGUUAUUUUUUUACCAGUUAUUAAAAGUUUAGUUUUGUAUCUUUUACAUUUUGUACUACAAUCAAAAUUAUUUUUCCAUGGAUACGAAAUAGUUUUAGUAGCUUUAAUCAACCUAACUACCUGAAAAUAGGUAUUCCUCGUGGUCUGCUCUUUCAAGGGCUGAGUGGAAGCGCUCUGUGUACACAAAUGCAGUACUGCCAAUAAACAAUACCUGAAAAUGGAAAUAUUGGAGAUGGAAA